CAAUGGUAAUAAAUGUUUUAUUUAUUUUGAUGCGCUCCUAACGUGUCAAGAAACAUGGCUGCCCCUGUGAGACAACAACUUUCUCAGCUGGCAAAUUUGUCUCAUGCAGGAGGUUCUCACAAGGAUGUCACUGAAAAAUAUAAAGCAAUCCUUGAAGUUGUGUUGAAAACUGGUGGGGCCGACUUGAUCCCAUCUCUGCAGGCAUUUGUAGAAGCUUUGGUGAAUGAAAAUGUUAGUCUGGUGAUAUCUCGGCAGAUCCUAUCAGAUUUCACCGCUCAGUUAUCUAAGCUACCAGAUGCUAUAGCCAAGCAGGUAGCACACUACACACUAGACAAGAUACACACAAGAGUCAUAUCCUUUGAAGAACAGGUUGCAGCCAUUAGACAACACUUAGCGGACAUCUAUGAGCGCGAGCAGUGCUGGAGGGAUGCAGCAAACGUCUUGGUUGGCAUUCCACUGGAGACUGGACAGAAGCAAUACAGCACUGACUACAAACUAGAGACCUACCUGAAGAUUGCACGAUUGUACCUGGAGGAUGAUGAUCCCGUGCAGGCAGAGGCGUACAUCAACCGAGCCUCCCUCCUCCAGGCUGACACACAGAACGAACGUCUCCAGAUACAAUACAAGGCCUGUUAUGCACGAGUACUGGAUUUCAGAAGAAAGUUUAUAGAGGCUGCCCAGCGCUACAAUGAAUUGUCGUACAAGACCAUUGUAGCAGAACAAGAGAGGCUGACAGCGUUAAAGAAUGCACUCAUCUGUACCAUACUGGCUUCAGCAGGUCAGCAGCGAUCCCGUAUGUUGGCCACUUUGUUCAAGGAUGAGAGAUGUCAGCAGCUGCCAGCCUUCAACAUCCUGGAGAAGAUGUACUUAGAUCGCAUCAUCCGCAGCAGUGACCUCCAAGACUUUCAAGCCUUGUUGCAGCCCCACCAGAAAGCCAUCACAGCAGACGGGUCAACCAUUUUGGAUCGAGCGGUAAUAGAACACAACUUGCUCUCUGCCAGUAAGCUUUACAACAACGUUUCAUUUGAAGAGCUUGGCUCCCUCCUGGAGAUUCCUCCACAGAAGGCCGAAAAGAUUGCCUCCCAGAUGAUCACCGAGGGACGCAUGAAUGGGAACAUAGACCAGAUUGACUCCAUUGUCCAUUUUGAAGCACGAGAGACGCUUCCUACCUGGGACCGGCAGAUUCAGAGCCUGUGUUUCCAGGUGAACAACAUCAUUGAGAAGAUCUCCCAGACUGCACCGGAGUGGAUGCUGAAAACAAUGGAAGCACAGAUCCAGCAGUGAUCGACCAACUCGCACGCCUGUCGACACGAGACAAUAACUUGGACUGUCAUACAACUGUCAGCUUUAACACUCAACAUUAAUUUGGAAAGGCGAAUAGACGUCUCACAACGUGCUUAUGGACAAACAUGCUCAGUAUGUGAAGGAGAUGAAGGAGAUGCCUCACCUCCAGUCGGGAUAUAUAAUUUGUUAUGGCAUCCAUCAUACAUCAGUCACUAUAUUCUAAUAUGUUGGUUACUUAUGUGACAUGAUCAAUGACACUGAAGACUGGUGAAUCACUCAGUAACAUCUCUGCUGUAUAAGAGAGGCCAUGUUGGCCUGUACUGGUGUCAAUCCUAGCUGGAGACUGCUCCUCACAGAUCAGAAUUGUUUCCACAGGAAUGGUGAUGCCAAAGUCUCCCUUACGCAAGUGAGAAGUGCUUAUGAGAAUAAAGUAUUUAUAUUCA